GUCCACCGAUCUUACAUAUACGAAAAUUAAGAACCAAUUUUGUAGAGACGUUGAUUUAUGACAGGCAGUGAUUGCCGGCUAUGUGACUAAGAAAGAUAAAAAACAUAUAAACACUCCUGUUUUUUACGUUUGACAGAAAGCUUACGUUACCUAGGUAUGGGAUGUGACAACAGGUGAAAUCAAUUAACGUGAUUCGUCUGACAAACUUAGAAAAGGGCCUCUGUGGCACAAACCUUAAACCUGAUUGGCUACUUGAAAACAGCUUGAAUAAAUCGUCUGCUGAAAAAGGCUGGUUUAACUUCUAGAACUUUUAACAUCACUUUUAUUGAGUUUGUUUAUUGUUUAUGACGGAAUACUUUUGGGGAAUAAAAUUUGUACACAGAUUAUGAAUUAAAAAAAAAAUAAAGUGAAUUUGAUUCAGCAAUUAUGAUGAUGAUUAAUUGAAAAAAAGUUUUAAUUGAACUUUGAUUAUUUACAAAUUGAUGUGAUGAUAUGACAAUUGAAUUGAAUAAUUGGAGAUAUUGGAAAUUUUAUAAUUAGUUAAUUUACAGCUGAAUAUUAAAUAAAUGGAUGAUUAAAUUUUAAAGAAUGGAGAUAUCUAGCUGUGUUAGUAUAGCAACACAAUGUCUGAUGGUGUUAAACAAGAUGAGGAUGGGUCUCCAAAUGACAGUGGCAUAAAGCGUGCUGGUCGUGCCAGAAUCUGUAAACAGUGCCGAUUUACUACAACAGAUGUACGUGAAUUCUCGAACCAUCGUUUACAUGCUCAUGCUGAGGAAAAUAGUGAAGAUAAAGCUGUAACACGAAAAAAUAGCCUACGCAGGAAGUCGUCUGCUACAGGAAAUUCAGCAGAAGAUCAAAAAUCAAAGGAUCAGAAUUUGGAAAAUACUGAUAAAGAUUCAACAGAGUUGAAAACUGCAAGUGAAACAGAAGAGAGUAUUAAAAAAAGUGAAGGUGAUAAUAUUUUACAAAACAAUAGUGUUGAAAGAGAAAGUACAGAAGGACAGAAUAUGGAAGGUGAACAAAUUUCACACGAGCUAUUAAGUAGUUUGGCUUUAGCUCCUAGAAAGCCAUCAACAGAUUCUGAUAAUGGACAGACUAGUUCUGGUAAGGGUAAAAGAAGACCAUCUACUGAAAAUUUAGUUCUGGAGAAAGUGAAUGGGCAUAAAGAAGAAAUAGUUCUUGUGAACAAAGAUGAUGAACAAGACGAUGAAAAUCGCCUUGUCAUAGCAGAAGAUAAUGAAGUUAGUGAUUUACUUGAUACAAGUGGAUCGGAUGUAACCUCACUUUGCCGAAGUGGAAAUAUUCAGAACAGAACAUAUGUAUGUGCUGAAUGUGAUUAUAGCUCAAGCAAUGCAAAGGAGUAUUUACAGCACCAGAAAGAUCAUCACCACCCAGAUAUGAUGAUAUAUGAAUGUGACAUUUGUGAUUAUGCUACUAAAUAUAAACAGAAGCUUCCUCGCCACCGCAAACUUCAUUUUAGUGGUAAAGAAGGUGAAUCAGACUUGGACAGUAGUUUAACCGAAAGAGAACUUAGAGAAAUGAGAGAUAACAUGAGUAAUAGGGAGGGUAGCUCAACAAAUGAACAUGCAAAUGGUGAGGAUGAUGUGGACGAUGACGGUUUUGUUGAUGAAGAAGAUGAAGACGAUAUGGUAACUCUGUCGUCUGCUCCUGAUGGGACAGUAAAUACUACAGGAGCACCAGUUGAAAAGAAGAAAAGAAUUAGACAAGAAGUUGACCCAUUGAAAUACUAUGAAGUUGUUGACGAUGUUGGCGUAAAAUAUGCAUGUUCGAAAUGUGGUAAUGUGUAUAAGUGGAGAAAGUCUCUCAAUAAACAUUGGAAGGAGAAACAUUAUGGUGAAAUACCUGAUCUUACUAAACCUCCAGCCACAUUGCAGAAUUAUACCCUGUUCUCUAGAUUCAAGGCUAAAUAUGGUGGUCAGCCUCCUCCACCAGCUGCUCCUAAUGUUGUCUACGGUCCAGCGCAAGCCCCACCAGCUAACCAGCUGAAGAAUCGAAGCACACCAACAAGUGUUCAUUCAGUAUCAUCUGAAAAAUUAUCACCUUCGCCAUCACCAUCCCUUUCAAACGUUGUAAUGCCAAGACAGAUAGGGCCAUUUAUUGGUGGAACAAAUGGAAAUUCUGGAAUGUAUGACAGCCCAUCUCCAUCCAUGUCUAAUCAUCUAGGUCAAAGAACACGUACACCAGAAAGCCACCACGAAAUAAGACAGAUGAUUGAUUCUUUAAAACAAAACCAAAAGGCAGAAAAGAAUAGAAUGUUAGACAAAGCAUUGUUCCAGCAAAACCAGCAGUCUGAACCAUUAGACUUUUCUAAGCCUCUGGAUUUCUCCAAGAAACAGGAGUCCAGAUCAUCUCCAUCUUGGAUGCCUAAGAAAAUUGAUAUUAAAGCAGAACCUUCUUGGCAAACUGAUACAAAUAGUGAAAGUGACAGUCUUCAAGACAUGCCUCUAGCAAUGAUGGUUUCUCAGGCAAAUAAUCAGAUUGCUGCAGCAAUGAAACAGGGCCAAGAAAUGCAAGCUGAUAUGGAUGGUUCAUCAAUUCUCCGUUGUAAUAAAUGCAGUUUUGUUGCAAAAAGUUUGGUGGACUUCAGUGCACACAUGUCCCUUCACAUGAACAAGAGGGCUUUUAAGUGUGCAGAAUGCCAGGCACACUUCAAUGGUGUUGAUGACUUGAACAAACAUUUUCUUGAUUGUCAUUCAGAGAAGAUUCAAGAACACAAGGAAGCUAUUCAGAAGAUUCCACAUGGAUUGCAGCAGACAUACCACUUGCUUAAAAUGCCACUUGAUUCUAUAUCUGGACUGUCUUCACAAGAGUUGCUAUCAAAUGAACCAAAACAGCUUAAAUGCAGUAUGUGUAACUUUGUUGCUAAGUGGCCUGCAGAACUUCAGAAGCAUGCAGUUUCACAUUCAGAGGAGCGACCAUUCGUAUGCAUGGUCUGUGCAUCAACCUACAAAUGGAAAUGGGACCUUGUGAAACAUUUUGAGAAAAGUCAUAGUUCUCUUCCAAACCCAUAUAAACGACGUGAAGGGGGCGGUGUUCUCCCAUCCACAUCUACCACACUUGGGACUUCCACACCAUUGGAUGCUCUUAAGAACUCUGCUGCCUUACUUGAAGCUAGUUUGUCUGUUACAAAUUAUAUCCUUGAUGAAGAAGCACCACCUUUGAAGAAGAGGCGUCUUUCUGAUUCUGAGUUACAAGAAACAGAAGAUUUCUACCGUGAACUUUUGGAGAGACAGGUGCGUCAGAGACGAGAGAUGAGCCAACUUGAGACCCCACCAAAUCUGAAGAUACCAGUCCAAAAUAGAGCUGCCUUUUCAGAGCCUCUAUUGAAAGUAAGUGAGAUGAAGAGAGAAAGAAAUGCCAUGGAGGAAUCAUACCUUUCAAAUAUGGAAAAUGUUGAAAAUCAAACUCCAAAGAAAAAUGUAAAUGAAGCUCUUAAACAAAGGUUGCACUAUGGCAAACCACUAGAGGAAGAAACCACUCCACAAAGACCAGUUGAUCCAAAUGGUAAAUGUGGAAAGUCUGAUGUUUUGUUACCAUACAAGUGUUCAGUAUGCGAGUAUCGUGCAAGAUGGCCGUCUGAAAUAUCACAGCAUAUGAAAAACCAUUCAAACGAAAAGCCAUUCCAUUGCCCACGAUGCAGCUACAAGAGUAAAUGGAAAUGGGAUGUUGUUAAACAUCUUCGAAGAUGUGGAGGUGGAACAGUCCAUGAUGUCAUUGAUACCACAAAAUUGAAGAAAAUGGCUCCUCCAAAUGUAACAGUUCUUCCAGGUAGCCAGCAACAACAGCAAUCACCUCUUCAUCUCCAGAAAUCUAGUCCAAACCAACCUGUGUUCCCUGGGCAACAACGUUCUAACUCCCUUAGUCCUGCAAUGAUAAGUCCAAGCAUGCAUGCUGGAAAUUCCUCAAACAGUAGUAGCAGUAGUAAGACUUCAACUCCUAAUUUUACCAUGGCUUUUGGUGGGCAAGAUCAUCCGGAGGGACUUGAUCUCAUCCAGGGCUCAGCAGCCGAGUUACAGGCUCAAUUGAAUGCAGCAAAACAACCAGUUUUCCGCAGUCUUGUUAAUCAGGGCAUGCAUCAUUGCUUGGAAUGCCCAUUUAUUGGUAGCAACCAGGCAGAGCUUCGCAGACAUUCUGUUCUACACUCUGAAAACAAACCAUUCUCUUGCACCAUGUGUGGCUACAGCACUAGAUGGAAGUGUGACUUGAAGAAGCAUAUGAAAACUUAUGGGCAUUUCAACACAGAUAGCUUGGACAGUGGAGAAGAAGCUGACAAUAGUAAUGAUCAAGUUAUGGAAAUUGGAGAUGAUAGUGAUGAUGAGAAUAAGUCUACACUGUACAUGUGUCCGCAGUGUCCUUAUAACUCCUACAAAAAGAAUGCCUUUGACCUUCAUCUACGUAUUCAUGGUAGCAUGAUGGAAGAAUCAGAAGAUAGUGCAAUUUCGUCACCAAAGAAUGAAAGUGCAAAGUACAAGUGUUCCAAAUGUAGAUACCAUGGAAAUGAUUUGUCUUCCUUCUUGCAUCAUAAACGUUCGCAUAAUGCUGAAGAGUCGCAGAGUAAUUCCCGUACCUCUACACCAGUUCCUGGUGAAGUGUCAACAAGAACAGUUCACUUGAAAAAUCGUAGAAAACCAGUCAAGCAGUUCCGUUGUGACAGGUGUCCAUUUGUAUGUUUCACAAAGAAUGGCCUUGAUGUUCAUGCUGCAAUGCAUAUACCACGUGGUUCAGAUACCUACCAGUGCAUGUUCUGUGACUACAAUGUGUUCAGUAAAACUCUCCUGCUUCAGCAUAUGAGGCUUCAUCCAGAUUAUAAUCCUGCUGAAUGCUCGGAAGCAGACGGCAAUGUCACUGCCACAGAACUGAUGGAAAUGGAAGAGCUUGAAGAAAGAGAAAUUAAUGGAGAUGACUCUAAGAGUGUGUCUGGUGCUGAAGAGAACAACAAUGUUGAUGGUUACGAAAGUGGAUUUGAGAAUACAGAUAGUGCUAUGGACUUUUCAAAGUUACCUGCUUCAAUGAAUGGGCGCUCAUCAACUCCAACAAGCCAAUUAGAAAGAAAGGGCCAAAUUGCAUCCAAUAACAACAACAACAUUGUAAACAACAAUAACAACAAAGCAGCAGAUAUUGGAGGUAUGAACCUUCCUUGUGAGUGGUGUUCGGCAACAUUUCCAAACGUUGUAGCACUAUACCAACAUUCUCAGUCUCUGCAUCCAAACCAGCUGAAAGCACAGGAAGCAGGCGAUAUUGCUGCUAGGCAAGCUCCAUCAAAAGGGUCCCAGCUUGAACAAAUAGUUCGAGAGAGACAGAGAGAAUACCAAGUGUAUCAUCAGUUCAUGGCUCGCCAGCAGCCACAGAUACAGCAACAGAUCCAGACUCAACUCCAGGCUCAAGCUGCUGCUUCUCAAAGUUUGGUAAGAAAGUACAUCCCUUUAGCACCAAAACCUGAGACAAGUCAUACACAAACUUCUCCAAGUCAACUGUCUAUUUCAAGCAACAGUCAGGAUUUCAGUAACCAAGGACAACUGUCUCCUCAUCAGCUAGCUGUAAUGAGGGCAAGAAAGAGUGCUAGUGCUGGUACAGGAAUUCAGAAAAAGUCUAGAUCUUUUCAAUGCACAAAAUGUUCAUUCACUGCACCAAAUGCUGUGACGUAUUUAAGACAUAUCGAACACCAUGGCAGCAAUUGUAAACACACAUGCAGAUAUUGUGACUACAGCAUUGAUAGGCUGAAUCUCCUUUACCAACACAUGAAGGGAACACAUCCUACAAAAUGGCAAGGUACUCUUGAAGAGAAGAUUACUCUAAGCUCACACAGUGAGGACAACAAUAACAACAUUAUUGAUGAUUUUGAAAUGGGAGAAGAUAAUGUUGCAGGUGAUUCAGUUAACAAUAAUAUCCAGGGCAAUUAUGUAGAACAAGAAUUUGAGGGCCGUAGUUUGCUCGAAACCGGAGCAUUGUCAGAGUUCUCUGCUAGAGGAGAGAAACCAAUAUUAAUGUUACAAGAAGAGGUAAUCUUUAAAGGUACACCUAUACAAGUAUGCAGUCUAGACGGAAGGAAACAUUAUAAGUGCUUGAAAUGCUUGUAUAUCAGUGUUCAUGCAGCCAAUACAGCAAACCAUAGUCUGCAACAUGGACAGAACAAUAAAUACAAUUGUCAUCAGUGUGAUUACAGUGUAGACAAUUUCAAACAUAUCCAAAAUCAUCUAGAAAACAUUCAUCCCAAGGAGCCAAACUUCAUCCUCAUCAAUUCUCCGAGAACAUCUGUUCUUAUUGAUGACUUUCCAGCAGAGAUUAACAACAGCAGAGAGUCAGGAAACACUAGUAAUAACAGCAUGAAGAAUAUUCCAACAUUCUCUUGUUCAAAAUGCCCAUACAAAACAUCGCUGAAAGAAAAAUUGAAUAUUCAUGUGGAAAAACAUAGUUAUAAUGGGAAAUACGAAUGUCAGCUAUGCGAUUACAGUGUUGAUCAGUACAAUUUCCUACGUUUUCAUGCUAAACUACACAACACACGCUACAUGCCCAUGGGAUCUUCAUCUGGUGUUGAAGAUGAUUCUACAGCAGAAGAGUCUUUUGAAGAUCACGAAUAUGCCAAUAGAUUUGCCAACAGAGCAAAUGAGACAGACAGAGUACAACAUAAACUGACAAAGGAUAAUAUUUGCUUCAGAUGUUCAGUUUGUCCAUUCUACACAUCAAGCAAGACAAGAAUUUUGAAUCACCGUUUGAACCAUAUCAAUCGCAGUCCUUACGCUUGCCAGCUUUGUACAUUCAGCACUAAAGCUACAAGUGAACUAGAAGAACAUGUCCACUUUCAUCAGUCAAAACCUCCAGCCAGAGACCAAGUUGUUGAUAUCACUCUUGAUCCAUUUAGUGAAAUGUAUAGAGUAAUAGAGAAGUUCCCUGAUGAUAAUGAACCAAUGGAAACAGAGAAUUUCAUGGAUACAGACAAAGUUGACACUGAAUAUGAUGGUUAUGAAAAAAUGGAUGAAGAUGUUCCUGAUGUUGAAGAUGAUGAGGAAGCUGCCAUGAUGGAAGAAGAGUUGAGAGAUACUAUUGGUGAAAUAGGUCUUGAGAGAAUAGCUGAAAGGAAUUUGAAUGAAGAAGGUGCCUUUGACAGCGAAAUUCAGUUCAGGAAUUUUAAGUGCCAGGAUUGCCCUUAUAGCAGUAACAGUCAUGCUGAAUUUAAGAAGCAUUGCCGUCUCCAUGGUUCAGAGUACAAGUUUAAAUGUGACUUCUGUAGCUACAGUCUUGACAGGGUAAACCUUAUCUCCCAGCAUCGCAGACUUCAUUUCCAAGAAAAAGACUUUGAAUCUGCCCCAUUGACGUCAAACUUGCUCAAUAAGAAUCAUGAGGAUUACGAUCUUAUGCUGAUGAAAGUUGGUAAAGAGAUUGCAUAUCCACCUUCUGAGGGUUCAGCUAAAACCAUUGAUGAAAAUGUGGAACUUCUAAUAUCACAGAAGGCUGCAAGUUCUGAGGAAAAGGUACGCUACUCAUGCAACAAGUGUCCAUACAAAUGUCAAGCGUUGAAAAGUUACAAAUGUCAUUUACAGAUGCAUGGUCUGAAUCGCAAAUACAAAUGUGAUUAUUGUGACUGGAGCACAGACAGGCUUAACCUGAUUUGCCAGCAUCGUCGAGUCCAUGUGCACGAGAAGGAUUACAAUCCUACUCCUGGUGAUAUAGUAUUCCUCAAUAGGGAAUAUGUGUUGGAUGGACAGAAUAAUGUUGACAGUGUAAAUAGUGUACCUGCUAUUGAUUUCCCUGAAAGCCCACUUGCCUCUGAAGAACAAAAAUCUUCAUCACCACCGAGGAAAAAUAAGAAAGGUGAGAAAAUAUACUCAUGCAAGAUGUGUCCAUUCAGGUCUGACAAUGUGAACACAUACUCGUACCACAAGAAGCUUCAUUGUAUUCAAGCUCGUUACAGCUGCUCUGAAUGUUCAUACAGUAUCAACAAUAUUACCUCAUUAAACGAACAUAUCAAACUACACAAGAAAGAAAAGGAGAUGAUCCGACUAUCAUUGACAGAACGUAGCAGCGGAGUAAAGCACAGAUGUCCUAAAUGUCCAUAUAGCAGUCCAAACAAGAAUCUACUCGUUGCCCACACAUCAAUGCACUCAUCAGGUCGUGAGUAUGCAUGUACGAAAUGUGAUUACAGCAGUGACCGUCAAGCAUUGCUGCAGCUUCACUUGAAAGUCCACAACGACAGUUACUCUGAUAGUGAUUCACUAGAAGAGAUGGAAAUGUUAAUGAAGAGAAGUUCUGAUGUGAUUGGACCACAGAUAUUUCUUACAUCAUCAAGUACAAAUGACCUUGACAGUGACAGCAGUGACGGUAAUGAUACUGAUCAUAAAUGUGAGAAAUGCCCGUUCAGCACACCUUCAAAAGAUGAACUUGGAAAUCAUCUUCAGCAACACGAGACACCAGGCAAAAGUAGAUGCAUGUACUGUUCCUACAGUUGCAGUAAGGAGGACGAUCUUGUUAAUCAUGUUCAAGUUCAUUUUCCUGGUACACCCGUUGACAGGGAAAUGUUAAGAUCCCUACGCCGACAAAGCAAUACUCAUAAACGCAACAUUGUUAAAGCAUUUAAUGAAGAUAGUGGCGAUGCUGCAGAGAACCAAACAGCAGGGGAACCAGACUCUACUGUGAAUGAGACUCCAAAGAAGGAGAGCUCUGAAUCAGAGGAACCUAAUCCUCAAAAACAAGAUGCAGUGAAAGAAACAGAAAAAACUAAGGUGUAUGUUUGCCAGUUCUGUGAACGAGAGUUUGACUGUAAGUCCACAAUGAUUCAACAUGAAAAACAACAUUUAUAUUAAAAAAAUUGAACUGUAUGGUACAUAUCAAGUGAUGACAUUUAUGAACUUUUUAAUUCAGUGAAUCAUUGGAAUGAGGUAUUUUUAAUGUGUUAAAUAUUGAACAAAGACAUUUUUUUUAAAAAGUGUGUAAGGAAAAGAUGCCAGGAACUCUUUUAUAGUGAAAAGGACUUCUUUUUUCAAAUUAACAUUUCUGUUAAAUUUCCUGCCAAAAGUUGUUACAAUGUUGUGAGUUGAAAAAAAGCGGGACCAAGUGAGAUGUAUUGAAGGGACCAGUUUUAUCGGUACCAGUCUUCCAGGAUGGGACGGGAACAAAUCUUCCAGAACAACAUUGUUGAUCAAUGUUUAUUUUCUUUACAUGUUAUAUCAUUCCAGCAUUUAUUCAAUUGAUUUAUAAAUUGAUAUGUAAAUUUCAGGGUCCAAGAAGGUCUUCCCCAAUUAUUUUUUUUCCUAUAAAUUUUAUAUUCGUGUACAUAAAUUGUUAUAUUUUUUAGAAAAUUUUUGUAAAUGACAAAAAUCCAAGCCAAUAUUAGUGCCUUUGUAUAAAGAAUUGAAAAUAGUGCAAAAAUGUUUACAUUAUAAUCUGUUAUUUGAAAACAUAGUAAUACUUGUAAUUUUAUGUAUAUAUAAAUUUUGUAAUCCAAUAAGGCUUUGCUUAAAUUGUUAAAUCAUCGUGAAAUUAAACCAAGUUUUCAGAAUUGAAUUUUACUGAUGAUAAAAUUAAGAUAAUGUUUAAAUUUAUUGCAACUUUAGAUUUUGCUGCAUUUGCACACUACUGUUGACAUGUAUAACUAUAUCAUAAUAUAAAAGUGCAAUUUUUCAAUGACAAUAAGGUGCUUUGUUAACAAACACGAACUUUCAUCAUUUGUUGUUAUGUAUCACUUUCUAACAUUGUUCUAUAAUUGUAUUUCAUUAAAAAGUGGAUUUCGCCAUUAGGUGUUUUUCAUGUAUAUGUAACAUUUUCAUUUUCUGCCAUUUUUUGUUUUUGUUUUUUUUGCAUUUAUUAUAAAAAAAAUUUAACAUUUGAACCAUUGCUUUUCAUUAUCAUUUCUGAAAAGUGCAAUUAUUGUAGAAUUAUGUUAAAUAGCUUAUUUUCAUGUAAAUAAAAAUAAUAGUUAAUUACAAAAAUGUGUAUUAAUUUUUUCUUAAUUAGCUACUAUCAAUGUAGAAGGGUCUGUAAUAUAUUAUGUAAUAUAGAGGGAUUAUACAAAUUAUAAUCUGUAGCACGAAAAAAACAAACAAAUCAUUGUCUUCCAAUAAUGUACAGAUUUAUAUGUUACUGUUUUGUAAAUAAAGUAAUCAGGUAGUAAAGUAGAUAAAUGCGACGGAAACUGGUCUUUUUUUUUGAGAGACCUAUAUCAGUAUGGAAAUGUAUAAUUUGUCACCUUAGUGCAAUAACUGGUUAACUCCUAUUAAAUAUAGAAGGAGUUGACCAGUUACUGCACUUAGAUGAAGAUAUAUUGUAAUAUAAAUCGUUGAUAACCAAAUAUAAGAAGA